GUUGCAUGUGAACAAACACUUGUUGAACAGACGUGCUUUCAGCAAAGUAUAAGAAAUCUUUAAAAGAGACUAUAAAAUGACGUUUCUUAGUUUGGGACUUCCUUAAAAGGACAAAACGGUGAUGGAAAGACUAGGCAACAGUACACUUGUAAAUGACAACACCUUUUGUCAGUCCUGUAAAGGUGAAGGUGAGAUCAAGGACGCACAUGGGUACUGUCAAAACUGUGAGGAAUACAUGUGCCAAGAUUGCAUCAAAUACGUUCACAGAAUGUCAAAAAACAAGGGCCAUAAUAUUCUUACAGGAGAACAAAUGCCUUCAACACCAUCAGAAAGAGAUGACCUAGGAUCACCCGAAAAAUAUUCAGAAAUGUGCAAGAUACACACCAAUGAAGCACUUAAGUUCUUCUGUCCUGACCAUGAGGCAUUUGAAUGCGGAGUUUGUAUUGUACUUCAUCACAGGGCAUGUUCUGUUCAGUUUGUUCCAGAUGCCGCUAAAGGGUUCAGCAAUACCUCUGAAUAUAAAGAUCAACAACACAUGCUUGGAGCGAUUCAAAACGAUAUCAAAACUUGUCUAGAUACGAUUAAAGAAAUAUCGGUCUCUGCUAAUAAAGUCCAUUCAGUUGCUCUUGGUGAUCUAAAGAAGUUUAAGGAAGAAAUAAAUGAGUACCUGGAUGAAACAGAAAGGGAUAUUGAGUCAUCUGCUGAACAUCUGAAGGCUGGAGUUGAUGAAAAGAUAGAAGAACUGAAUAAGAAAUAUGUUGAAAUAAAAGGUAGAUCUGAUAAAUCUGAACAAACCCUUGAUAUUUCAUCAAGUGAUGAAGUUCGGUUGUUUAUGACAUCAAAGAGGUCAGGGAAAGCCAUCGAAGAUUUAAAGCUGUCAGUUGACAAUCUAAAAAAGACCUGUCAGGAGGACAAUAUCAGAUAUGGGUUCAAACGUGAUUCUGUAUUUGAGAAAAUUUUGAACUUAAAGAGAAAUAUGGGCAAAAUGACUGUCACUAAUGAAACAGAAAAUGAUGCUGAAAGAUAUGUCAGUGAGGAUGAGUUGUAUCUAAAUGAAGAUGAAAAUGAUCAAAGGGAAGGUGAUCUUAUUGCGUCGGAAAAAACAUCCUUUGGCCCAGUCGGCAUUGAAGAUAUAACAGUGAUCAGUGAUGACGACAUUUAUCCUAAAACUAAAGGGUGGUGUCAAAAUUGCAAAUGUUAUGGUUGUUCGGGUAUGUAUCAUACAUUUAAACCCCGAAUCACCAGUAAAGAACGUUUACAGUUCUCGAGCUGCCAUAUCACUGGAAUGGCCGUGCUAUCAUCAGGAAGGCUUGUAGUUGCUGACAGCAAGUGUCACUCAGUGAAGGUAGUUGACAUCUCCAAAAACAAGGUUCUGGCUAGAUACUCAACUGCCUCUUAUCCAACUCAAGGUCAUACGCCAUUUGAUGUAACGGUAGUUUCAAAUGAAAAGAUUGCAGUUACUUAUAUAUGUACUACUGAUAGAAAGACAUGGCGUUCUCACGAUAGCGUCAUCAACACGUACACACUUUCAAUACUAUCCACAGAAAAUAACACUCUGGCUGAACUUUAUGGUAUUCAAAUUCCAACUAUUGGAUAUAUUUCCUACAUCAAUUGUCGUUUUUUUUUGUCGUAUGGAUCUUCUAUUAGUGUCCACGAUGAUAAAAUCAAUGAUGUGCAGUUUAGAAAAUUUAAAAUCAAAGGCUACUGUUGUAGCAAGCCGGUUUACGCAUCUGAUGGCAAUGCGUAUUACAUCACGGACACAACUAGCUGGGGCACUUACACUCUGAGAAAAGUCUCUUUAAAUGGAAAUACUUUAGCUACAUAUACAGACUGGGAGUUUAAAUCCCCAGGAUUCGUAACACUUGCUGGGGACGGAAAUAUUCUGCUAUACAACAAUGAUAAACAGGAACUCUUGUUAAUGUCAGGAAACUGUGAGAAGAUCAGUGUGAUGAAGUUCAAAGAAGAAGAUUGGAUUAAAAAUAUAAGGGCAAUGAGUUUCUGUUCAGAAACCAAGACUCUUUUUGUGAGUGACGGAAGUUGUUCCAAAACUAUCAAAGCAAUAAAGUUUACAUGUAUGUAGAUUGUCAGGAAAUAUAUAAUGUAAAAUAUAAUUGGCCAGGAUCCAAACAUUUGGAGAAAGGUUACCUGAUGCGACUUGUUUGAUGUUUUAGCAUAACUUUGUUGUUUGUCAUUGUUUGUCAUUUUAAUGUUAAUGUAUCAUGUCCAAAUGAAUUUUUUUAUAUAGUAUUAGUAACAUACAUUUAACAUUUAUUAGACUGCAUUUCAGAAUUUUUAUUUAAUGUAUAUUUAAGCCAAAAACUGUACAUAUACUAGUUACGACUGGUAUAAUGAAUCUAUAUACGAAAAAAAAAACGGUGGUAAAAAUGGCAUCAAACUGAUAGUUUCCGGGUUAAGGUCACAAAUUUAAAAUCUAACUCAAAACGUUUAAGGAUUGCCUGACAUAACUUGGUAUGUAGCAAGCUCAUGUGAAGACAGACUUUGAACUGCAUUAUGGAUCAAGGUUCAGGUCACAGUUAUCAGAAAUAUAAAAACUAAACAUAGUUGUUUUGUAUAUUCAAAUUUGCUUUCCGACUUAUUGUUUUUUAAAUAAUGGUUCAUAGUGCCCUACCAGCAUGUAAUAUUAGUAAAAUGUCAUCGUUAUCCUGGGAGACGGCUGGUUAUUGGCUAAGUAUUAAGAUGAUUUUGUCAUUUCAAAUGUUAUAAUUAUAACCUCAUUGUACAUAUAUUGCACUUAUAAUAUAGGAUUAUAAUUGUGACUUCAUGCAGGAUAUGAAUUACAUCAUGAACUGUACUAUUAAAUUUUGGUGGAAAUGAAGGCAAAUAUGUAUAUUUCGUACUUGCCAGUAUUUAUGCAGGCUUUAUGAUCAGUUCUGCAAAAUAUUUAUUAGAUGUAUCAUAUUUAAAUUAAUGGGAAUGUUUACGUUACUCCUCAUUAACACAAAACAACAAUAACACUCAUGGAAAAUAUUCAAAGGGUUCAGCUGCAAAUGAUUUACCGCAGAAGCCAUUCAUAGUGAAGUUUAUAACCUUCUCUCAACUUUUACAGUUGCUUUGUGUUUGAAUUUAUUUAUUUUAAGAUUUUUCAUCAAUUCACAACAGGUAAUGUUAAUACAAUGUUUGUACAUUACAACAAAAAGCAUUAAAAUAAAAAUGAAAUAAGAUUAACAGUACAACUGUAACUGACUAAGAACACGAACAAUAUGUGUGUGGUGAAAGGAUUAGAUUUGACAUUUAAAAUUGACAAUAUAUCACAAAUUAUAUAAGAGCGUUAAAGAGGCUGUUUCACGUAUGAUAAAAUAGCGAAAAAAAGAAAAUUGUCGAAAACUAACAUAAAUUUGGCAUCGAUGUGUACAACGCAUUGAAACUUACUAACUGAAGUACUACAUAGUUUACAAUUUAUUUUAAAGUAUUUAAAGUUUAGCAGUUAUUUCGUAUUUUUCCAUUAAAAAAGAUUACUGGGUAUGUCUACCAGGUAGAAUUCAUUCCUCAUGCGUGAUUGGCUAGUCGGUGUUAUCACGUGAUAUUACCGAGGUAGGUGUAUAGCUUAAUUAUGUCUCCCGAUUAGAGUAAGCUUUCGUAGCUCAGUCAGUACGACGCGACGGGUUCGAACCCGGUCUCCGACACAAUUUGUUUUUUAUAUUUUGGUACUUUUUUACAAUUAUGAUAUCAAAGCGUAACACAUUCUUUUAGAUAACUGUCCUGAGAUUCGUUACAGAAAAAAACUUUAUUUGGUGCCAAUACGUGAAACAGCCCCUAUAAUAAUAAGUAUAGUGCUUAUAACGCUUUUUCAGGACGUGGUGAGGUUGUGUUUUUAUUAGCUAUUGCAUAUGUGUUGUAUGUAAGGUCCUUUGUUGUAAAGGACGAUAGUUUGUGUGCGUGCGUGCGUGCGUGCGUGCGUGCGGGCGUGCGUGUGUUUGUGACUAACAAUUUUUUCCCUUGCUAGGGAUAGAGUGGAAACACACUUUCUACCUUUAUCUGCUGUAUUUGAUAUAUGUCAAUGAUUGUUUAAAGACUGUAAUUGUUGGGUUAUAUUCUCUACAAUGUAGUUUGCUUUUAAUAUCAUAAAUGUAAAUAACUGGUUAGUGUAUACAAACUGAUCGAUAGAUCCAUUACAUUUUAAUUGAAAAUUGGGGUGCACCCAAUGUUAAAAGGGUUAAGAUUAUUCUUUCACCAUGCAUCUUUGUCAACAAACAAUUGAAUAGCACCAAACCUUUUACAACAAAACUAUUAAAAAGUGGUUGCUGUUCUUUUUUGUUUAUAUAUAUACGAUGUUCAGUAUUAUUUUUAUAUAUAUGUAUAUAUACUUUAAUCACGAUUCAGUUGUUUUGUUUCUACAUCAAAAUGUAACUCCACCCCUACAUGACAAAACCAUUUUGUCAGCUAGCAGCCUAAAUACUCGAUCCCUUUUAAUCACAAUAUCUUAAUAAUUUUUAUAAAGAAUAAUAAUCCUAUGUCAUACGUCAAAACUAGACAGUGUGAAUUAUAUAUUUCUUUUCUUGCUUUAUUUUUUUUUAUCUUGAUUUUUACAUGCAGUUUAUGUUUGUUAUAUACGUAAGAACUUUUGUAAUAGUUGAUAUAUCUGAAUGUAGUACAAUCACUAUGGAUAUCUUAAUAGUACGUAGACACAAUAUGUUAUACUCCUGUCUAAAUAAAA